GAAAAACAACUGAAGCCCAAACCCAAACAAAAAACCAGCUAAGUACUGAAAGAAUGAGUCCAGUAGGAGGAGAAAGGGCAGACAAGAAACUAGGAAAUUGAUGGCUUCAGGCAGGGCAAGGCCUCAGCUUGGUGGCAGCUGUCCUUGCUGGAGGCAGGUUGAGUGGGUUGAUGGGAUUUAUCUAAGGAGCAGGGGCUUCAUCCCUGAGGGAAGCCAAGGAAGAAGAAAAGUCUUCCCACUGAAUUCAGACACCCUUCCACUGUUCCCUUGGCCUGCUAUUGUUUCCUAGAAACCAGUGGUUGGGUUCUUGUCUAGAGGAUUAGUUGGGAUUCUCAGAGGAAGGAGGCUGAGAACAGGGAGAGGGCAAAGCUGAGCAGGUUGGGGUGGGUCAGGCUAAUCCUAAGAGCUGUUCACCUGUAGCUGUCCACACUUGGAGCAAGCAGGCCAGGCUUUUGUCACCAUAGCUGCUGUUGGGUCUGCCCCUCUAGAGUGAGAUGUGGCCUGACUUGCAAGGGAGGCAGCUGAAGGCAGUUCUGUGGCAUGGGAGCAGCUGGUGCUUUUAUUAUCUGGCCAAAGGAUGCCCCAGUCUGGUACAGGGCCUAGGGUGGGACUGUCCAAACAUCCACCAGUGCUGAGAUCUCUUUCCUUCCCCUUUCCUGCCCAGCACCCAACACAAAGCACAGAUUCUGUGCCUUGGAAGCUAAGAGUUGGAAAGAGAACUGGCCUUGAACACUUGGGUGGGUCCACUGUCCCCAGAGCCCUUUGCCAUGAACCAGCCACCUCCUGGGGCUCCCCUUCAGCCACGCCGUGUGCGGUUGAAGCCCUGGCUGGUGGCCCAAGUGAACAGCUGCCAGUACCCUGGGCUUCAGUGGGUCAACGGCGAAAGGAAAUUCUUCUACAUCCCCUGGCGGCAUGCCACAAGGCAUGGUCCCAGCCAGGAUGGGGACAACACCAUCUUCAAGGCCUGGGCCAAGGAGACAGGGAAGUACACUGAGGGGGUGGACGAGGCUGAUCCUGCCAAGUGGAAGGCCAACCUACGCUGCGCCCUCAACAAGAGCCGAGACUUCCGCCUCAUUUAUGACGGACCCCGGGACAUGCCACCUCAGCCCUACAAGAUCUACGAGGUCUGCUCCAAUGGCCCUGCUCCCACAGAGUCCCAGCCUCCAGAAGAUUAUACUCUGGCCACAGGAGAGGAGGAAGAGGAGGAAGAGGAAGAGGAGCUCCAGAGGAUGUUACCAGGCCUGAGCCUGACAGAAGCAGUGCAGCCUGGUCCCUCUGUGGCACCCUAUUUACCUAAAGAAGAUGUCAAGUGGCCCCCUGUUCUUCCACCGCCUGUGGGGCCUCCUGCCUUAGACCCCAACCUCCUGGUUACUGCAUCUGGCAACCCUGCUGGCUUCGGGCGUCUUGCUGAAGCCUUGCCCAGCCCUGUGCCCCUGGCUGACGCCCUGCCCCCUGCAAGUGAACAGCUGUUGCCCAACCUACUGAUCAGCCCGCACAUGCUGCCUUUGACCGACCUGGAGAUCAAGUUCCAGUACCGGGGGCGGCCACCCCACGCCCUCACCAUCAGCAACCCACAAGGCUGCCGGAUCUUCUAUAGCCAGCUAGAGGCCACUCAGGAGCAGGUGGAACUCUUUGGCCCCGUGAGCCUGGAGCAAGUUCGCUUCCCUAGCCCUGAGGACAUACCCAGCGACAAGCAGCGCUUCUAUACAAACCAGCUGCUGGAUGUCCUGGACCGUGGGCUCAUCCUCCAGCUGCAGGGCCAGGAUCUGUACGCCAUCCGCCUGUGCCAGUGCAAGGUGUUCUGGAGUGGGCCCUGUGCCAUCACUCAUGGCUCAACCCCGAACCCCAUUCAGCGGGAAGUCAAGACCAAGCUCUUCAGCCUGGAGCAGUUUCUUAAUGACCUCAUCCUAUUCCAGAAGGGCCGCACCAACACCCCACCUCCCAUUGAGAUCUUCUUCUGUUUCGGGGAGGAGUGGCCUGACCAAAAGCCACGAGAGAAGAAGCUUAUUACUGUCCAGGUGGUGCCUGUCGCAGCCCGGUUGCUUCUGGAGAUGUUCUCAGGGGAGCUUUCUUGGUCAGUUGACAGCAUCCGGCUGCAGAUCUCGAACCCAGAUCUCAAAGAUCACAUGGUGGAGCAGUUUAAGGAGCUCCAUCACAUCUGGCAAGCCCAGCAGCAGCUGCAGUCUGUGGCCCAUGCCCCUCCCAUGGCAGGCUUGGGUGCUGACCAGGGGUCCUGGCCCAUGCACCCUGUUGGCAUGCAAUAGCCAGACUGCAGGUGGUGGCUGUGUAGACUGAUGAGGCAGUAUAGUAGCCCCAGCAGGACUGGCUGGCUGCAGAGUCCAACCUUUGGGUCCCCUUGAAAUGGAUUUAGGCCAAGGAUAAAAAAAAGACUGGUGUGCCAGUUCUCCCUGCAGAGCUUUGUUUCGGGGCCAACUUCCUGGGCCUGCUUCUCCUGCGCCCUUUCUGGCCCUCCUCGCUCUGGUGAAAACCGGCCAGCAGUCUUUUGAGCAAGGAAAGAAUGUCCCCAACUGCAGAGCCUACAUGGACAGGGCAGACUGCCCCAGGGUGGCCCACUCUUGUGGUUGCUCCAUUUGCUCUGGCAAAAAGAGCUGAAGAAGUGUUGUGGGCCGGGUCAGCAGGGCAGGGGCCUGAUUUGGAAGUUCCCUAGUUUGAGCCUCACUUUUCCAGCUCCUGAGAUGAAUAUAAGCCUUUAGACAUCAUUACAGCAACUACCUGCUGCCUUACCCAGAGUUUAAGAAUGUGGGGUUAAAGAGUAGAAUUUUCUGUAUUUUUGGAUUAAAAAG